UGCUCCGUGCGGGAUGCUGAAUUGUAGGUGAUGAUGGCGGAAGGGGAGCAGCGCUGAGUUUCAUCUGAGUUUCCACCACAGCUGUAGAACCAUCUACAACAUCGUUUCUCUCCGUCGAGACCGAUCCUGAGGCGAUGGGGAACGAGGCCAGCAUGGAGGGGGAGGGACAGGCGGGACAGCCCGGCCCCGCCGUCCCUGCAGCGGGGGCUCCGGCUUCCAUUUCAGCACCACCGGACUCUGGACAGCUCAUCAAGCCCAGCAAUGGAGCGCCAGCCGGAGGAAGUGGGGCUGCACCCGGGCCGGGGAUUAACAGACCACCUCCGUCAGACCCAGGACCCAAAGCAGGAGUCCAGAGUGGUCAUGGGACAGGGGACAGAUUGGCCUCUCACGACACCCCUCAGCAUGCCACACCGCAAGGAGAGCAGGGCCAGGGUCAUGUGGCCAGGAAGAGUCUGCAUGUGGAUGUGGGUAGCAGCAGGACUGGGAGGUCCCCCUCUGUGUCCCCGGACCGAGGCAGCGUACCCACCUCCCCGUACUCUGUGCCACAAAUUGCACCCAUGCCCAGCAGCAAACUGUGCCCCGUCUGCAAAACCACCGACCUGAUGGGCACUGGGGACGACAAGCCGAACUUCAACACCUGCACACAGUGCUGCUCCAUGGUGUGCAACCAGUGUGGCUUCAACCCCAACCCUCACCUCACAGAGGUUCAAGAGUGGCUAUGCCUGAACUGUCAGAUGCAGAGAGCGUUGGGGAUGGACAUGACAACACCGCGCUCCAAGAGUCAGCAGCAGAUACACUCUCCUUCUCAUACAGCCAAACCAGAACUUAAACCUGAUGCUUCGACUCAGCCUGCAUCCCAGACACAUCCCCCUCCCCAGACACAGCCUCCAGCGCAGGCUCACCCUCCAGCACAGGCUCACCCUCCAGCGCAGGCUCACCCUCCAGCGCAGGCUCACCCUCCAGCACAGGCUCACCCUCCAGCACAGGCUCAUCCAGCACCUGGUCCUACCAAACAGACUGGUCCAGCUGGCCCAGGUCAGCAACAAGCAAAGCUCCCUCCAGGGGCAGUUGCUCUCCCUGGCAUGGCCAAGGCCCCGUCUCAGCCCGAUCUGUCUCGCAACUCCCCCGCCCACCAACCCCAGCACCCUCGCCAGGACCAGACUCGCAGUGCGGGGAGCUCCCCUUCACGACAGCCCCCACCUCCAGAGCAGACUUUUGGGAAGUUGUUUGGCUUUGGUGCUUCUCUUCUUAACCAAGCCAGCACUCUCAUAUCUGAGACUACUCAACCCCAACAACAGCCCCCCAAAGCAGCCCCUAAACCAGGAGGACCUCCUGGUCCGGGGCCUGGGGCGGGUAAACCCUCAGGACCUCAGCCUGCACAACAGGGGCCUCGAGGCCCUGCUCAGCAGCAACAGCAGCACGCUCCCCCAGACUCCUCUAAACCCAAAGCUUGUUGUCCUCUCUGCAAGACGACCCUCAACAUUGGCAACACGGCAGAACAACCCAACUACAACACCUGCACACAGUGCCACCAACAAGUGUGCAACAUGUGUGGAUUCAAUCCCACUCCACACCUAGUCGAGAAGAAAGAAUGGCUCUGCUUGAACUGCCAGACGCAGAGGGCUCUGUCAGGAAGCUUGGGAGAUAUUCCAGCUCCUGUUGCACAGCCCGUGGGAUCCCCUCGGCCACCUGCUGCAGCCAAUCAACAGCCAUCUCAGCAGAAAGGGCCAAAUCAACUUUUAGGGCCUAGGCCCACAGGUCCUCAACAACAGCAGAAACCACCGGGUCCCCAAGUAAGUGGCCCUGUCUCUCCUGUGAAACAUGCUGGGCCCGCCCCUCACACCAAGGGGCCCAGCCAAGCUUCCCCUCAAACCAAGGGCUCUGCCCAACCUGUUUCUCAACCCAAGGGUUCAACUCAGCCACCUUCCCAAACUAAGGGUCCAACACAACCCUCAGCUCAGAGUAAGGGACCUCAAAUUAAAGGUCCUGCUCAAUCACAUGCUCAGAGUAAGGGCCCCGUUCAGUCUGCAAACCAAAUAAAGCCCCAGAGCCAGGCCAAAGGGCCGACUCAGACAAAGGGAUCCGCUCAGCCCUCUGCUCAGACUAAGGGCCCUUCUCAUCCUCCUGGGACCAAGGCCACCCCUGGUAAAGCUGCACCCAACCAGGCCAAGGCCUCUCCCACCCCAUCAAAGACAGCACCCACCCAGUCUAAACCCACAGGUAACAACCAGGCCCGCAAACAGCCGCAGAGCCAGGAGAAGACUAAGGUCACAUCUAAGUCUCUAAAAGAAGACGUCAAGGCCUCGCCAAAGAAGGCCUUGUCAGAGACUGUCACUUCACCAAAAGACACGAAGAUAUCUGAAGAUACACAGAAGUCAAGACACCAUGAAGAUUUCAACAAAUCAAGCACACACAGUCUAAGUGACACUGGAUACUCGUCAGAUGGGAUCUCCAGCUCUCAUGGGGAGAUUACAGGGCAGAUCCGAGAAGAAGGGAUCAAGCUCAGUGAAAGAGGCGCUUCCAUCCCCUCAGAAAUCACCAAGCUAGAGAGCUCCAUGAAGCCUCUGCUAGAGUCAAAGACGACAUCAGACCAGAAGCACAGGCCGCAUUCACUGUCAGUAGGACAGGGCCGGGACUACAGUCCUGAUGACGAUGCAGCAAGGGAUGAAUCAGAGGAUGAUCUCAGUUGUAAGCUUCGCCAUGAUUACGUGGAAGACAGCAGUGAAAGUGGUCUGUCACCAUUGCCAGUAAGACAGAAGAAGUCACAUAAAGAUUUAACAGAUGAGGAAUUCAUGAGGAGGCAAAUUAUGGAGAUGAGUGCAGACGAAGAUGAGAUGGAGGAACAUGGAAGCCAGAAGGCUAAAAGGGGACAUAAAGCCAGUGGGGAUUUGAGCAAAGAGAGACGACGACUUGCUCAUCAUUCUAGUAGUUUUGAGGAUGACACCAAGGCAUCAGAGGCAAAUGAAGAAGAUGACGUCGUAAUGGCUGGAGGCCUUCGGCGUUUUAAGACUAUUGAGCUCAAUAACACCAACAGCUACAACCGAGACAUGGAGCUCAGUACUGAGCAUGACCUACGAGAACCAGAGCUGGAGAUGGAGAGUCUGACUGGUUCUCCAGAGGAGCGGUCCAAGGGAGAAUAUUCAUCCACCCUACCUGCCACCACUCCCAGCUACACCUCUGGGACAUCCCCUACAUCUGUGUCAUCCAUGGAGGAUGACAGUGACAGCAGCCCCAGUCGUAGGGCAAGACUAGAAGAGGCAAAACAGCAGAGGAAGGCUCGACAUCGAUCCCAUGGGCCACUGCUGCCCACUAUCGAGGACUCAUCUGAGGAGGAUGAGCUCAGAGAGGAGGAAGAACUGCUUAGAGAACAGGAACAGAUGAGAGAUCUGGAGCAACAGAGGAUCAGAAGUACUGCUCGAAAAACAAAGAGGGAUAAGGAGGAGCUACGGGCACAGAGACGCAGGGAAAGAUCCAAAACUCCCCCCAGUAAUCUCUCUCCUAUUGAAGACGCAUCGCCAACAGAAGAGCUGAGACAGGCUGCAGAGAUGGAGGAGCUUCACAGAUCAUCAUGCUCUGAAUACUCACCAUCAAUGGACUCAGAGGCAGAGGGCUUUGAGAUGAUUGGUGGAAAGCUUUAUAAAUCAGGAAAUGAAUACAACCUUCCAACUUUCACAUCACUCUAUUCCCCUACAGAAAAGACAUCAGCAAUGUCACCAUCUGAUAAAACACUAAAAAGUGCAGAGGAGGUCUAUGAAGAGAUGAUGAAGAAAGCACAGCUCAUGCAGAGGCAAGGACAUGCAGUUAAUCAGCAGAAAGGAGCCUCUCAGCCUGAGAGUAAACAUCAUCUUGAAGCAGGAACUGUCCUAACCCCCGGCUCAAGCCCAACACAAGUUACUGCACCAGUAUCCUUCUCUACAACAGGGAGUGAUCCAAGAAUUGCAGCACAACAUUUAUCAAAAGAAACACAAAAUAGGAUGAUGACACAGAGUGCCAAAAUUGAAGGUGUUGUAGGAGUUGCCCCGACCAAAACCCAGACUGCCACAACUCGACAGGCAGGUAGCACGGUGCCUGCUAGCAACAGAGCAGGCUCCCAGAGGGCAACACAAGCAGCACCUGACCCUGGAGCAUCCUCACUGUCCUCCAAAGUUUUCUCCCUUUUCAAAGGUCCUAGCCCCCCGGUCUCCCCAAGUGCUUCUCCAGCACAAAGCCCAACACAUUCGCCAUCCGUGAGACCCACUGGUGGCAGUGGCAGACAGCUGCCAUCUUUGCCCGGUGGUCCUACAUCGGCCGCAGCAUCCCAUGGAGCUCAGGCACCUCAGAGGGCAGUUUCACCACGUCUUGCACGACAACAGUCAUCUCAAGAAUCACCAGUGAUGGUGAUAACACUGGGCUCUGAAACAACUAGUCCUGCCAAGCCACUCACUGUAAAUUCUUCCACUUCCCCUUUGUCAUCGCCAACACAGGGCAGUUGUAAAACCUUGUAUAGCUCCCAGCCCCUUUCGACAAGUUCUCCAACAUCACCGCAAAUGCAUCCUUCACAACAGUCUCCAAAACAUUCUUCACAGAUGGCUCAAAAAGUUGAAAAAGUAAGUGUUGGUAUUAGCACUGUGACAACAACUACGCAUAGUCGUGGAUCUAUGGAAAACAUAUCUCUAUGUAAAAUCUCAAAUAUACCAGGCUCUUCAAUAGUUGUGGGUCAGGGUGGGUCAAGCACUAAUGUGGUGGAUCUGAGAACCCCAAUGAGGCCCGCUCCAAUUAUAAUUACAGACCAGGGGAUGGACCUAACAUCCCUUGCUUCUGAUGCAAGAAGAUACUCUUUAGGAUCAGAGCAGCCAUCUGGUCGACAUACAGCAGUGCAGCCUCUUAUUAUGAACCUGAAUGCACAAGAGCAACCGCAUAUAUCUGUAUCAACACCGACUACAGUUAGUGUCACAGUUGCAGGUUCUAUGUUCAUGUCCCAACCUAAGCAACCAGUAGUGUAUGGAGAUCCUUUGCAGAAUCGUGUCGAUUUAGGGCAGGGUGUUGGAGCAGCUGUGUGUUUGACACAGACCAAGCCAGCAAUUACUGACCCAUCUAUUCCCAAAAUUGAUGCUUGCCUGGAGAACCUGGGUAUACAGCAGCAGCAACUGCAGUUACAGCAACAGAAGCUCCUGCAGCAGCAACAGCUUCUUGAGCAGCAACUCCAGCAGCACCAACAGCAAUCCUCUUUUGCUCGUUACAAUUUAGCUAAUCAGGUCCAGCCGCUGCUGAUGAAAAAAGACCUCGUAGUGAGUCAGGCAAGCAGUGCCCAGCCUGCAGUGACUGCUAGUGCCAUUCCUAGACUAUCUCCCCUGGCUCCACCGUCAGUGUCUGGGGGUCCUGCAUCUCAUGCUCCCCAUGAAGUCUAUGGUGGAGUUGCCUUAGAGCUGAAAAACAAGCCAACAGUAAUGAACUUGUCCACUGGUAAACCCCAUGUUAUGAUGGUGCAAAUGGAUGAAAGUAACACAUCACAGGGGGGCACAGUGACUCAACUGGUAAAGCGAGAGGAACCUCCUCCCCCUCCUCAGGUCUUGGAUCUAACGGGACAGAUCAAACCAGAAAACCAGGUGGCUUGUUGUGAUGUUGUUUACAAAUUGCCCUUUGCUGGUUCCUGUUCAGGGUCAUUCACUCAGAAGCCUACAACAGUAUCCUCAGAUAAAAACCCCACCACUGAAGCCUCUCAAGCAGCCCACCCACCCUAUCCCUACAAUGUCAGCCAACAACAGCAACAGCAACAACAGCAACAACAACAACAACACCAGCCUCAAGGAACACAAGGAGUGACCGAGGAACAUAAACCAUAUCAACCACCCAUAGUUCCCUCAGGAAGAAUUCAGCCCUCUAUGUCUGAUACUAAUUUGCCCUCCAUGACUGAUGCUAGUCACUAUCAGAGUAAUGUCCAGGGGGGUCUGGCAGUUGAUCUUAGCAGCAUGAAUCAGGCUUAUGAUGGUGGAUACCUUGGCAUUGGAGCACAGUAUGGAUCUUACACAGACCUGCGUCACCAAGGAGAUUUUGCAAGUCCUUCAUUACCCCUUCGCCGAUAUGGCUCAAUGUCAAAUAUCAAUUCUGACUAUGCCUACGGUUCACGUGACUUAACUGCGCCACAGGACUCCAAUCUGGCUCAGUACAGUGCAACCACUGCCAGGGAGAUCAGUCGCAUGUGUGCAGCUCUUAACUCUGUGGACCAGUUUGGGAGCCGGUAUGGAAAUAAUCCUGAACUGGUGCCAUAUGGGGCUGGAAGGGGUGGACCUUUAGCUCGACUAAACCUCCAGCAAAGCUUAGCAUCAAUAAGAGCAAACUUACUGUAUGGCCCAGAUGGAAGACCAACAGCAAAUGGCCAAACCCUAACAAACCUAAUAAAUGCUAGACAAGCAAGUAUACGCGCCUUGUACCCUGCUGCUAUGAGAGGAGGUGAUGGCAUGAUAUACUCCACCAUUAACACACCAAUAGCCUCCACCUUGCCAAUUACCACCCAGCCUUCCUCUGUCCUGCGUCCCAUGCCUAGAGGAAUUUACAGACCAUACCCUACAGGUGUAACUGCUGUACCAUUGGCUAGUCUUACCAGGUUGCCUCAAGUGACUCCUAGAAUGCCUCUGUCCACACAGGGACCAUAUUCCUACCCUCCUCCAAACCAGUAUCCUACUUCAGCCACACCAUCAGGAAGUGUGCCUGAUGCAAGCAGCGCCCACCAGGACACUCCCGUUUACCUCGGAAAGCCUUUGACAACAGUUGCUGCACAAACAGCUGCAACCAUUCCACCUACACAACCUACAGCACACUUAGGAGCACAAAAUGUACCAGCAACUGGGAUGCAAACCAUGGCAGAUCAACAGACAGACCGCACUCCACUUACCUCACAGAGUGUUACGUCCCUAUCUCAAGCUCAAGGCCAACCUCCAACCGUCCAGCCAGUGCAGGCUCAAAUGCAGUCGCACCAGUUGCCUGCUCAAACUGAACCUUUAUCUCUGACUCAGACCCAACCCCAAGUUCAACCCAUUAGUCAACCUCAACCAUUAGUUCUGCCACAGGGUCAGCCGCAAGUGACACCUCAUGGCACUGCCCUAGCACCAGGUACCAAACUUUCUCCUCCUGCGGAUGCCCAGAAAAGUAAGGAAGAUGAGAGACUGAGUCAGCAACAAGAGCAUGUGCUGCAGCUAGAGCGAGAGCGUGUUGAACUGGAGAAAUUACGCCAGCUGCGCCUACAGGAGGAGCUUGAAAGAGAUCGUAUGGAGCUUCAGCGUCACAGAGAAAAAGAACAACUAAUCGUCCAGCGUGAGAUACAAGAGCUGCAGACAAUCAAACAGCAAGUCCUUCACCAACAGCAGGCAGAGCGGGAGACACAGCUUAUAAUGCAAAGGGAACAACUGGCUCAGCAGAGAAUGCAGCUUGAACAAAUCCAGUCUCUACAGCAACAGUUACAGCAGCAGUUGGAGGAGCAGAAAAGGCAAAAGACAGCAGCAGUAGAGGCAGCAGCUGCUGUUGCAGCAGCAGAAGCUGCCGCUGCAUCAGCAGCAGCGGCAGCAGCAGCAACAUCAGCCCAGGGUGCUAUACAAGGGGUAGUUGUUGGAGGGGCCCCUCAAGGGUUCAUUAUUUGUGACCAGAGUGGUCGAGUUAUUCAACAAGAUGGCCAGAGUGUUCAGUUUUGGCAGGAUGGACAAGUGGUCCAAGCUGUGGUGGCUGCUCGGCCUAUUCAUAGUUCUGCUUCUGAAAUGUCUUUGAGAAGCACAGACAAAAUGGCAGAUUCCAAGAUCAUGAAAAAACAGAACUCGAUGCCUCGGCUGAGGGAUGGCUCAGAGGAGGACUCUGUGAAGAGGAUUACAGACAGCUGUGUGCAAACUGAUGAUGAAGAUGGUGAAGACAGAUUCAUGAACAGGCGUAGGAGAACAAGGCGUAUUGCGGACUGCAGUGUGCAGACAGAUGAGGAGGACCAAGGAGAAUGGGACCAGCAGCCAGUGAGACGCAGGCGAUCACGUGUGUCUAAGCACUCCGAGUCCAGUGGUGAGGCUAAAUCAGAGUCAUCUAAAGUGGCAUCUACAAGUAUAGCUAUUCAGACCACAAAUGAUUCGUCAUGCCAAACAGAGCCCGACCAACUAGGCAGGAUUUCACCUGCAAUCCACAUAACCAUGGCGGAGACCUCAAAGGUUGACCUAUUACAUUACAUAGCGGCUCCUGAAAGGACCCAUAAAGGAGAGAGUCUGGCCUGCCAGACAGAACCAGAGUCUCAGUCUCAGGGUGUGGUCGUCCCUCAACUGAGCGUCCCUACAACUAUUAGUCCAUACUCCACAAGUCUGCAUAUAGUCGGUGCAAACACAUCUGACCCAACCUCUCCUAGGCUCCAAGGAGUUGCCAAGUUUGAGAGGAGGAAACCAGACCCCCUGGAAAUUGGCUAUCAACAAAAUGAGUCUCCCUCUCGUCAGCCCCCCAAAUCUCCCCAGGUGCUGUAUUCCCCCGUAUCUCCGUUGUCUCCUCAUCGCAUGCUGGAGACAACAUUUGCCUCCCAGGAGAAGCUCAACAAGGCCCAUGUUACACCCCAGCAGAAGGCCUUUACGGCCGAAUCACCCCAACGCCACCAGACCCUGCCAAGACCCAUAAAAAGUGUUCAGCGCUCCAUGUCAGAUCCCAAGCCUCUCAGCCCCACGUCAGAGGAUCCUGCCAAGAACAGGUUCUCCCCAUAUCAUCAGCAAGCUGUGUCCAACAGUCAGAAAUACCAUCAUGGAUCUACCCAACACAACUAUUUUAUGGCCUCCCUGCAGCAGCAGCAGAACUCUCUGAUGAGGAAAAUAAAGAGGACUCUUCCCAGCCCCCCUCCAGAGGAGACUCCGCUCCCCAUUGUGACUCCAGCACAAAUGUACAGCUCUCCUGGCAUGCCACAGAGGGUCCUUCCGAGACCAGCCCAGGGAGUCACCAAGGCCGGCCUGCUGAGUGAACUGAAAGCUGUGGAACAAGAGUCAUCGAAGCUCCGUAAGCAGCAGGCUGAACUGGAGGAGGAAGAGAAAGAGAUUGACGCCAAGCUACGUUACUUGGAGCUGGGCAUCACCCAACGUAAGGAGACCAUGGUGAAGGAGAGGGAGAGGAGAGAGCUGGCUUACCUGAGAUGUAUGGGUGAUGCUCGGGACUACAUGUCAGACAGUGAGCUCAAUAACCUUAGGCUGGCAGCUGCAGCAGGAACCUUUGAUGCUAAUGGUCUGCUGACAAGGCCCAGCACUGCACCAUUGAGUCAAUUUACUAAUGACCUCAAUACAACCUCCCAGUAUCCCUCAACCUCGUCCUAUAUGUCUUAUCCAUACCCUCAAAGUCAGCCAUCAACACAGCAGCCAGGCGCUACUUACCAACAGAUAGGUUUCCAGCCUCCUCAGUACCCUUCAUCCUCUGCACCCCAGCCAGGAACAUUCCAGCCCCAUCCCCCGCCAGGGCCUGGCUACCAGAACCAGGGAACCUACUCCAAUCGCAUUUAUGGCCAAACCUCCUACCAGACAGACCUCGGCAUGCAGCAGCAUGGUCACCAGGGCUUCCAUCCCCCUGGUCAACCUAUGCCAGGCCAGAGCCUUCCUUACCCUAGCCACAGCUCCUACCAACCUGGUCUCACAUACCAGCCCCAGGCAGAGAUCCUUACAGUCCAUCAAAGGCCACGGCAAACUUCUUUGGCUGACCUUGAGCAAAAACUCCCCACUAACUAUGAAGUCAUCAGCAACCCAGCAGUGUCAGUGGCCACAUCAGCUCCAGAUACCAACUUCGGCUCGGUCUACAGCAACGCGUAUGGACAGUACCGCCCCCCUGAGCCUGGCCUCACUCACUCUGUGGACAGCCCCACCUCUGCUUAUGCUUCAGAUGGACUCUACACCUCCAACUUGGAGCAAAAUAUUCCCAGGAACUAUGUCAUGAUUGAUGAUAUCAGUGAGUUGACCAAAGACAACACUAGCCAACCUACUGAUGCUCUGGGUCAUCCUGUUGGAGGGCGGUACCGCAGUGAGAAUGGCCCUGCACGUGGGAGUGGCUAUGGUCGGCCUGAAGAUGAGCCCGUGGAUGCUUAUGGUAGACCCACAGGAACAACAGGGUACCAGAGUACAGUGGAUAGUCGCACCAGCACCACAGUUAGUGGAGGCUCCUAUUACUAUGAUGAUUAUAAACACACGUCACGGAGCAGCUCCGGUAGCCACAAACUCGCACCCAAGAAUCUUGCCCCUGCAGUAGUCUCCUCUAAACGUAGUAAGCACAGGAAGCAGGGAAUGGAGCAGAAGAUUUCUAAAUUCUCUCCUAUCGAGGAAGCACGGGAUGUGGAGUCUGACCUUGCCUCGUACACAAUGACAACAUCAACAGGAGGCAGCUGUACGGUUGUGUCCAGAACCAAGAAGCUUCAGGAUGAUGGCACCUACGGGAUGAAGAAGAAUGCAUACGACCAGCAGAAAUAUUACGGCACCAGUCGUGAGGGUCUUGAGGAGGAGGACCGCAUGUACAGCUCUGGUAGGUCCAGGUCUACUGGAUAUGGUAUGGACAAGAUUUCCUCCAGAGAUGCCACAGGCCACAGAAGUAAAUCCUACGAGAGGGAUGCCAUGGAGCGAUCACAGAGAACCAGCCGCAGUGGAAGGGCUCCCAUGCGCAGCCAAAAUUCAGAAGAGGAGAGCCCACUCAGUCCUGUUGGGAAGCCUGUAGGCAUGGGAAGAAGUUCUGGUAUAGCAGACGCCCACGAUGUGAGGAACCAGUACGGCUCCAGCCAUUCAUUGCCAGAUGUUCAGGACCAUCACAAGAAGGACGCGCCAAGGAGUCAUGUCUAUAAACCAGAUGACCCUUACCUCGUAGAUGACAUGCACUGUGCCGUUUCUGACAGUGAAGCCUAUCAUUUGGGCCAAGAAGAGACUGACUGGUUUGAGAAGCCACGGGAGGCCCGUUCUGAUCGCUCAAGACAUCAUGGAGGUGGCGGUCACUCAUCCACAGGCAGGCGUGGUAAACACACCUACCAUGAUUACGAUGAACCUCCAGAGGAAUACUCUCAGCAGGAUGAGUACAACCAACAACGGCACUCCUCCACAGCAUCACGGGAUCACCGUCACCACGGCAGCAGCUCUGGCAGACACAGCUCUUCUCGCCAUGCCUCAGAGGAUCCUAGGUCGUCCCGUUCUUCCAGGACACACCCCAAAGACCCAUCUGUCCGCUCUGAUGGCAGAGGGUCCUCAUCUGCACAAAGAAGGGGCGGUCCAGACUCCCGCUCCGCCCAGGGAAGCCCAAGGAACUCAGGCGACUUCUCCCGAGAGUCUGGUCAUCACCACGGCACUGGGGGACGGAGCCAGAGACCCCAAGGAGAUCGCACAACCUCCAGAAGGCAGGAUCCCUCUGCAGCAGGGCCCAAAUCACAGCAGCAGCAACAACAACAGCAGCAGCAGCCCUCUCAGGGCCACGCUGGGCAGCAGCGGUCAGGUGGUCAGGGACAGUCUGGGAGACAUCCAGGAUCCGAACCACUUGAUGGUACCCAUCAGGCCCAGCAGCAGCAGCAGCAGCAGCAGAGUGCACAACAGCAGCAGCAGCAGCCACUGCAGCACAGCCAGACCCCUCAGAGCAGCCAGCCUACAACAACUACCGCAGGAGCUGGACCAGCACAGCAGCAGCCCAAAUCUGGCCAAGCCCAACAACAGGGACGCCAGCCAGGAGUAGGGUCUGCAGCUGGGCAGCCGACUCCCACAGCGGCAAAAAUGGAUGCUACACCUGCAGCAGCCGCAGCCACAGGAGUGAAAGCUACAACAGGAGUCCCACCAGCACCUCAGCCUACCAAAAUAGCUACACCUCCUCUGACAGGCAUCGGCUCCAAGGCCGCCCCUGUUGGGAUUGGCAGCAAACCUGUAGGUAUAGGCAGUGCCGCAGCAGGACAGCCGCCUGCUGAAGGGGACAAUGUUCUCACUAAAAUCCUGCAGGGAGGGGCAGCAGAGCAGGCGGGGAAACUGGGAGAUGCUUUGUCUGGCCUUGGGAAGAAGUUCACUUCAUUCUGGUGAACUAAAGAGAGGAGGGGUAUGCAGAGUCGAGACGAGAUGGAUUGGUAGCUUUGUACUUGAAAAACCUAUGAAACCGCAUUAAAUACAUUUCACAUUACAGAGGAAAUCGAGGAAGAGAGAUCCUGGGUGCAUCAAGCAGGAAUCAAAGGAUGCCUUGUCAGCACUGAAUUCCCCAGACAUGGGCACACGAUUGAAGUGAAUUAAAUAAGGGCAAUCGCUUCGUCAGCACGGUGUUACAAGACAUAAGCAGAGGGCUGAAGAGGCCUGAAAGUAAGUGGAUGCCUUGACAGAACUGCAGUCCCAGAAUGAUGAUUGUGGAGACGUCUGGAGCCUCAUUGGACCGACGGAGGACAACAACGGUCAAUAAUGAGGAUGUGGAGACGAGGAGCAGAGAGAGGGGGAAGGGAGACUCGAGUCCUGCUUCCCUUCCUCCUCCUCCUCCUCCUCCUCCUGGAGAAAGCCUCCUGGGAUCUGUGUGACAGUAAAAGGCCUGCUAACUGAGACACCUGGAUAUCAUGGGAGGAAUUCGGCGUGUUUGGUCGUGCAUGUCUCCUCCUUCAAACAGCUCGAUUAAAGAAGCCUCACAGCGCCCUCUAUAGGAAUUUUAAUGGAACACCGCUCAUGUCUGAGUAGCGCUGGCAAGGAUGUUUGAUUCUACACUGAUGUCUUCUGUUCAUGCAAAACACGGUGAAAAAAAGACAGACUUUCAUAGGUUUUAUCAAAGUAUCAAAGAUACCGAUUUUAGCCCACAGUGACAGCACAUACCUGGAGUAGACGAGGUGUAUCACGGCAAUGACAACCAACCUGAUGACUCCACCACAAUCCUCGAAUGCUUGGUUUCUCUGAUCUCUACAGUACAUUCCAGUAUAGGGAAUUUGACCCUUUCUUUGAAUGUGUUUUUAUUUCUCCUCUUUUUGUUUCGAUGUCUACAGAAUGCAUUGUGUAAAAUGUGGACAUGAGAAUGCACGCACAAAUAUUUGAAAAACUGAGAAAAAAAAAAAAGAAGAAGAAGAAGAAGAAGAAGCCCAUAUCGAUAAUUUUUCACCACCUAUGAGAUGCCACUAGUCAUCAGCUGUAGGUUUUUAGGGAAGGGAAGUACUACCAGUGUGCCCACAACGUGUGAGAAUCACACAGAUGAGAGGACCAAAUGAAAGAGUGGCCACGGCUCUUAAUUAGCCAUCGCAAAGCCAUCGUUAUAGUCAGCCCCAGAGCUGAGUGUACCGCUCUGGAGCUGACUAUAAAAAGGAUAAAGCCCCAGAGGGGACUUUAUCCUUUUUAUUGAUUUGUCUCAUCUUUUAGUUUCUUUUCAUUUUUGCCUGAUAUUCACUGAAUGGAAGAGCCUUAUUCAGUACAUGUUUUACUUGUAUACCUCAUAUGUUUUAAAAUGUCCAUGUCAUCAUGCAUUUCUUUUUACACUACUGUAUACUAUUUUAUGUACAUAAAAGCAAAUCAGAGAUCUAAUUAUGUAAAUUUGUCAUUUGUGUAUUUAUGGAAUCACUCUCCAGUGACUUUUUUUGUUGUUGUUCUGUGUUUUUUUUUUUUUGUUUUGUUUUUUUUCCUUUGGUAAAACUUUAUAUUUUUCACUUUUUAUUUGUUUGAAUCUGUUUUCUUGCAUCAAAUAAUUUGCUUGUUGAUUUUUAAAAGCAAUAGCAUGCAGAAAAUGGUAUAUAGCACAAUCGUAUAUAUGUUGUUUAAAUCAGUGAUGGGAAAUACUAAACACUUCUGUCGAUAAAUAGCCGUAAUACAAUUUGUCAGAGGGUUUACAACCACAGUACCAUGUCCAGACGUGCAUGUUAUGUGCAGAUGCGUACGAGCAUGCAGACAGGUACGAACACACACAGACACUCUCUCUCUCUCUCUCUCUCUCUCUCUCUCUGUUCAUCUCCUUGCAAACACAUAUGCACACACACAUACCUUAUACACUUUGCACCCUAGUGACACCUCAGAGCCAAGGUUAAUUGUCUUCUCCACCCAAUCGACCUGUUAACCCUCCUGCUGAUUAAUGAGGUUACCAAUUCACCAAUGAGAUGAUCUCACUAACAAGCUGGGCCCACUGCCUCUAUUUGUGCAAACACACACACACACAUAUACACGUGCAUACACACACACACACACACACACACACACACACACACACACGCAUACACACAUGCAUACAGAUAUAGGAGAGGAUGAAAGCAAUUAUCAAUUCAAAUGUUCUAUGCAAUGACUCAUUUUGAACCCGGAAGUGAUUCUGCCUAAAACAGUUUAUUAUCAUCACUGUAUUCACAAGAAAAACAACAAAAUUAUGAACUAAAAUAGUAAAAAAAAAUAAAAAAAAUAAAAAAAGAGAAAAAAGGUCAUGAAAAUGUUUUUACUUAGCAGCUUGUCUGUAUGAAUUUGAAUAUUGAAUAUUGAACUAGAAUUGUUUUUAUUUUCGUGGCAUGUUUUGACCCCUCACUCCCCACACCGGGGGACUCGUUGCCAAAGGGUAAACUGUGUAGACUGUCGGUUUUUUGAAUGUCCACCAUCAUGUUGCUCUGAAGCAUGGGUUUGCUUGGCUUCGUCUGGCUGUUUGUAAGCCCUCAUUCAGUUUUUGUGCGUUUUUUGGCUGACCUGGGCUCCUCAGUGUUUGGCUUGCAGUGACUGUCCGUGCUGCUAUAAAAACCUGUGAUACAGAUGGUCAGCACCUCUCAUUAAUACUUGUCAGUGUACAUAUUGGGUGUCAGUAUAACCUGUGGGGUGAAUGGAAUGCUUCUAUUGGAUAUUUCAUUGUUGAUUAAACCACUCAGCAGCCAAGCCAUUGGAAAGGUGCAUGAUUAGAUCUUAUAUUCUUGGAAGUUGUACCUGAAUUAAAAAAAAGAAUAAAAAUAAAAAGGUAAGGCAUGAUUUCACCAAGGUUUGCCUAACAAACCUUGACUUUCACAGGCCAACGUAGAGACUAUUGAUGAGUAAAAAUGUUCAGCCAUUCACAAAUCAGGGCAUGUCAUUUUGAAAGCACAAGCCUGACUGGUAGCACUUGCUGCUUGAUGAAACGCAGAAACAUGGAGGUUGCGUAACAGCGCCUCUGACUAAACAGUGUAAGAUCUAUAUCAAAACAAGAGGUGGAGAUGCUAUCUGGUCGAUAUGAGGUGCACGAGACAAAACAGCCUCCAAGUGCAGCCGUGCGAUUGACAGAAAGGCAGACAGACACACAUUCUUACUGUAAAUACGACUUCAUUCUUCUGUACAGCUUUUGAGUUUUGAGUACGGCUGUCAUGUGCAUCCCCAUGCCGUAUUUGCUGCCAACUUUUGUGUAUAAAAAAAACAAACAUUUAUUACCACAAUAAUGAGGAUGAUGAUGAAACUAAUGAUGAUGAUGAUUAUUAUUAUUAUUAUUGCAUAAGCAUAGUGUAUGUGGCUGACUUGUAUUGACUGUUUACAACAGUGGAACAAAACUCGUAUUCAGAAACAUAUCCAGUCUGUGUAUAGUUUCUAUACAUAUUGUGUUUGUAAAACAAGAAAGAUCCUCCUCAGCGGCUGCAGAGUAGAACGCCUUUGUCAGACUAUCCGGAGGUCUUUGAGUUGAUGGGUGUGAUCUGCAAGAUGAUGAGCAGCGGGUGAAAAAAAUAUGAAACAAAAAACCUGGAAAAAUGUCAUUCACUGUUGUAAGUGCAAUGGGCAAAACGUCAGUCGUGUAUCCAUUGUGAAACCUUGUGUUCUAUUCAGUGUAUUCCUGUAAACAGAUAGAGUAAAUUUUGGUGCAUCAUGUCAAGUAAUGUGAUUAAUAAAAAUAUUGACCCUGCAAUUUCCAAACAGA